AUGCAAACAAACAAUCCAGAAGCUAGCACUACUCAAACAAACAAUUCCAAUCAAUCAACAAACAACCAACCAAUAAAUGAACUGUGCAGAGUCAGUUUCAAACCCCCCGAAUUCUGGAAAGCUGAGCCAGAACUAUGGUUUUACAGAAUUGAAUGUCAGUUCCGAACUGCUGGGAUUUCAACUGACGAUUGCAAGUUCGACUAUACAGUUGCCAGCCUAAACUGCGAAACACUUACGGAAGUAGCCGACCUUAUACGCAGUCCACCGGCAACAGACAAGUAUUCAGCACUCAAAAAUCGUUUAAUUAGCAGAUUUGCAGAUAACGAUACAGUCAGAAUCCAAAAACUGCUUGCAGGAGUUGCAUUGGGAGAUCAGAAACCUUCACAACUCCUACACAAAAUGCAGAGCCUAAAUAACAAUAAAUUACAAGACUCUGUCAUUAAAACUCUUUGGUUAGAGCAGUUACCAUCUACAAUGAAGGCCAUAUUAAUGGUAAGUGGCGAAGAUCUAACAAAAUUAGCUGAAAUAGCUGACAAAAUAAAUGAAACAUUAGACAGACCAGCAAACCUCUAUGGUAUGUCUAGUUUGGAAGAUCAAAUUAACCAAUUGAAGCAACAAGUCAAUAAAUUAACAACAGAACUCAAGAACAAGCCACAGAAGCAAGGAUCUUCACAGUCCACUAAUGAAAAUUGUUGGUACCACGAAAACUUUGGGAAGAAAGCAAAGAAGUGUGAAAAACCAUAUGUCAGUGUCCUUCCGUUAUCAAGGUUCCCAGGCAAUUCUGAUCCAAAUUUCAGUCUUUUAUCAGCCAAUGGAUCACUAAUUAAAACUUUUGGCAAGAAGGAAUUAACUAUCGAUCUCAAUUUAAACAGAAAAUUUACGUGGACGUUCGUUAUAGCACAAGUUACCCAUGCUAUCAUUGGAGCUGAUUUUUUGGCCCAUUUUGGUAUUCAAGUUGAUCUAAAACACAGAAAACUUAUUGAUUCUUAUACUACAACAACACAAUACUGCCAAGUCAGAGACACAGAAGUUUUGGGUGUAAAGGCUAUCCAUUUAGCAGAUAUCAUUACAGAAUUGUUAACAAAAUAUUCAAAUAUACUUGGACCCAUUUGUCAAACACAAACUGAAAUAAAUACCUUUCAUUUUAUUGAAACAAAAGGCCCACCUGUCUAUUCAAAACCCAGACGUUUAUCACCAGAUAAAUUAUCUAUUGCUAAAGAAGAAUUCCAAAAGCUCAUUGAACAGGGUAUUUUACGACCAUCGUCAUCUAACUGGGCAAGUCCAUUACAUUUGACUAAGAAGAAAAAUGGUACUUGGAGAGUUUGUGGCGAUUAUCGUCGACUCAACGCAGUCACGAAACCUGAUCGCUACCCUAUUCCACACAUACAAGACAUAACAUAUGAUUUACACAACAAAGCAUAUUCUCAACCAUUGAUUUAA